AAGAGUGGCACUCCUCAAAUCGGCAACUUUGAGGUUUUUUAAAACUGUAUCUUAGGUUUAUACUGUAUCUGGAAGGAGCUGAUUACGGGACUGGAGCAUGGCUCAUGUGGCCAGGUGCUGGAUGGUUGUAGUCGUCGUGGGGCUCACAUGUACAACAGCAUCCCAUGGCAGACUGACUCCUCGUGUCUCUUUCCCUAUUGAUGGCAGCGGAAAUUCAGUCAGAGUUACAGCUCAUUUCUCUGAUGUUGAAAAUGCAACCACCCUGUUGCUAAGUGAUGAUGGUGCCACUCUGUAUGCGGGCGCACGUGAUGCCAUCCUCUCACUGAAUGUACAUCAGUCUGGAGUUCUAACUCUGAAACAAAAGCUUGAAUGGGCACCACCUACGAAGGAUGUUACUACUUGCCAGGGGAGAUGGGGUGGUAAAGGCAUGCUGAACUGCCACAACUACAUCCUGUUGGAACAUCUCAAUGCUACCCAUCUGUAUGUGUGUGGGACCCAUGCCUUCCAGCCUCAUGACACAAUCAUCGAUAUAGAAACGUUGACACAUCUUAGAAAACCAGCAGGGGCCAAAGGUCGCUGUCCUUUCACCCCAGAGGAAAGAAAUACAGCAAUUUCAGUUGAUGGUGAGAUGUAUGUUGCUACAAUCUCAGACUAUAUGAGAAAGACGCCAAGUGUGUCACGUUUCCUUAGCAGAAAUGGUCGAGUGGACGUGAGUCUCGACAACCCUAUGAAAGUUCUACAAGAACCAACUUUCAUCAAGUCAUCUGCCAUACCUGGUGACGAGAAGGUCUACUUUUUCUUCUCUGAAACUGGUAAUGAGUACAACUUUAUGAGCAAGCUGACUGUCUCUCGAGUGGCGCAGGUCUGCAAGGAUGAUGUUGGAGGGGAAUUUGUCCUGCAGAAACGCUGGACUACUUUUGCUAAGGCUCAACUCGUCUGCCAGCAAGGAGAGGGGCUUCCAUUUAACAUCCUCCAUGACAUUGUGCCUGUUUCGGAGGGAGACUCCUCAAAAGACAUCACCUUCUACGGCGUCUUUAGAUCUCAAUGGUCCCUGACUUCAGGGGUGUCUGCUGUGUGUGCCUUUAAGCUGCAGGACAUAAAGACGGCCUUCUCAAGGAGCUACAGGAAAUGGAGCGGUGAUAGAUAUACUUCUCAAACCGAAAAAAACAUUCAGUUUGGAAAGUGUGACUUGGCAAACAACACUCAAGGCUUGGGAUUGGUGAAAGAUACCUUUCUGGCUGAGAACGUGCAAACAAAGGACAAUAUGGUUCUUUUAUCUCCAGACCAGACAUACAGUCGUGUAGUGGGUCAACAGACUCAGGCAGCCAAUGGUCAAGCCUACACUGUUCUUUUCUUACUCAGUGAAUCUGGAUACCUUCAUAAAGUGGUUCUGCUGAAAGGUGGUCCCCACAUCAUAGAGGAGAUUCAAGUCUUCAGAUCUCCACAGACAGUGAAAAACAUCAUUCUGUCAGCCUCCAUAGGUAUGGUGUUUGUGGGGUCACCUGAGGGGAUAUCUCAGGUCCCAGUGUCCAACUGCUCUUUUCAUCAGACCUGUGCUGAAUGUGUGUUGGCCAGAGAUCCCUUCUGUGGGUGGGAUCCCACCAAUGGAGUCUGUGCCAGGGUGUCCGACAUCUUAUCUGAUGUGCGACAAGAUGUCGAACACGGAAAUGUGACAGAACAAUGUAAAACUACUGUCUCUGAGAAAGGUCCCCAAGAAAUUGAAUUCUACCAGGAACUCAACAGACUGACAGUGCUACUCUGCCCAACACUCUCCAGCCAGUCACUUCUCACCUGGAGGUUCUCCAACAAUACUCACCUGCCUCCCGCCAUUUUCCUUCAGCCAGGAGACAACAGUCUGGUCUUCGCUGGCAGUCCGCUCACUGUUGGGCGCUAUGUUUGUAUGUCAGAGGAGCGAGGCUUUGAGCAGACCCUGGGCAUCUUCUCAGUGAAACUGCGAAUCUCUGAAAUCAAGCCUACAAGCGUGCAGGUAUACACCACAUCGCAGUCAGGUAAACACACUCCGACUACAACAGCAGGGAAGACAUCACCAACAUCUGAGCAGAGCCCGGGCCACACUACCAGUACACGUACUCAGACUGGCCACACCGUUGUGACUCAGGAACCGAAGGGAUAUGUCAUCACCACGCAGAUGGAGAACGCGGCUCUGAACAAAGCCAGUGAAGUCGUUUCCGUCAAGAGCUACUACGGGGAGCUGGUGGCUGUCUCAAUCCUGCUGGCCAUCUGCAUGCUGAUGCUGGCUGGGCUCUACAUGUGGCAUCUUAGAAGUCUCCGCAGAGCCACUUUAAGCUUUGGGAAGGAGAAAGAGCCAUCUCUGGGGAAGACGGACACUUGAGGAUUAGGUGGUAUGGGUGGUGAAAGGGUCAGUUUAUAUCUAAGCUGUUGCUGUAGUUAAUUGAUUAAUUGAAGACAUGAAGAUUCUAAAUGACUAAGUCCCUGAAAACAGCUGUUGUUAGGCCCCUUCUCAAGAAGAAUAAUUUGGAGGCCACCAACUACAGGCCAAUAUUCAAUCUUCCUUUUAUUGGCAAAAUCACAGCAACGUCCUAGACCUGUGGUGUUCCUCAGGGGUCAAUCUUGGGUCACCCAAUUUUACUAGCUUUAUCGCCUAAUAACUAGAUCCCCUUGAAUCUUUGUCAGUGUAUUGACAAGAUACCAUUUAAAGUCUUGGUGUCAUAAUUGACAGUGAUCUAAAUUUAAACAGCCACAUGAAAGCUUGUACUAAAUCAGCUUUUUACCAUCUCAAGCAUUCAGAUAUUGCCAAACUUAGAGGGCUAAUGUCAAAACAUUGUCUAGAAGAUGUAUUCAUGUAUUCAUCUCCAGUAGGGUUGUUUACUGCAAUGGGCUUUUCACAGGCAUUCCAAAGAAGACCAUCAAACAGUUUCAAAUGAUACAAAAUGCGGCUUCUCACGAAAACUAAAAUACUUAAAGAUGUCACAUAAAUUGUGAUGACUCAUUCUUUACAGCUUGUUCUUUACAGCUCUAUCAGGUUUCUUUAAAACUCUGAGUGUUAACUAUUUGGGUGUUAAUACUCCACAAGAGGGACUAUCAAGCCCUGUGGUCAGCCAUUUUGGCCCUGGAAGGAAACAUGUGUGCACACAGUUCGGGACCAUUAUCAUCAGCGUAGCUAGCGUAGCGGUCAUAUAGUUCUUGUCAAAGUUUUUCUUUUUCUUUCUCCCGUCAUCUACUUCCUGAAUUUUUGGUCAACGAUUCCCGGGACACUGUAACACCGGGGCACAUGAAACUUGGUGGGCAUGUAGCCCCAGGAGACUUAUACGGAAAAAUGUUUUUUUCAUCCCUAACCCUUGUUUGUGUUGGGGUAGGCCUACCUACCUGCUCUGCUGUUCAUUGUAAUCUGAUGUAUAGAUUUAUGUGUUGGCUGGGUAUCUGUGUCAGAAAAUGACCAUCAUUUUCUGCCAUACAUAUAAUCAUUCUGUGUUGGUUAUUUUUAUGUGUUAAGUAUUACUUCUUAAACACUUUUAAACUAUUGCCCUUUCGUGCUUUUAUGUACCUUGCAUGUUUUGUAUUUCCUUUUUAUUUUUUAAUUUUUAUACUAUUCGUUGACCAAGGCUGGCCACUCCUGGGAAGGUUCACCUUGUUUUCUCCGUUUGUAGAUAAUGACUCUCACAACGCGUUCAUUGGAGACUUUGAGCCUUUGAAAUGGCUAUGUACUGUACAGUAACUAGCUCUUUCCAGACCGAUAGAUGUCAGUGACUUGCAUUAUAAUCUGUUCUUGAAUUUCUUUAGAUCGCAGCAUCAUAUGCUGCAUUUUCAGACCUUUUAGGCAACUUCACAUUGCCAGACAGAUUGGCAGUAAUCAUUGGCCUACCUUUGGUGUGUCUAGUGAUCUUGAACCCAGCUGUAAAUAAAUGUUUGUAUGUUUUAAUGGUUUAUGUUUUUAUAUAAUUGUCAUGAGAAGCAACACCAACACCAAUGUUGAAGCAAUGUUGUUCAUUGGCUAAAUCAAUUGCUCGCAGCAACAACAGCUGUCAAUCCGCAUGUUGCACAGCAAGUGAUCGACACUCGACUAGGGGGGGUGUCUAAAGUUGGUUUUAUAUUGGACGUUGGAUAUUCGAUGUGGGAUAUUAGGUAAUCUUUAGGCGUGUUAUGUUGAUCUGACGCCAUGUCUAGAUGCCGUCGGGCAUUUCUUGCCUCUUUGGAAGAACUCGAUAGCCUAGAUAGGCCUGAAGAUUCAUUAGAUCAUAUUCCCAUUACUUUUACCAUGUCCAUGCAACUGAAGAUUGCUUUGUCUUUCCGUGUCAUAAUAUAUCUAAAUAUAUGAUGAUAUGAUAUGAUAUAUAAUAGGCUAUAAUAAUAUAUGACAUUAAAGUGAU